GUUUACAAAAACUCUUCCUCUGUAAAUUGUAGUGUAGGUCUAAAUAUAUUAAUAUAGUAAUUACACUAUUUUGUGAUAGAUCUUAGAGUCUAGCCUAGACUAUCUAUAGAUCUAGACCUAGAAUCUAGAUUAUAUCUAUUCUAGAUUCUACAAAUUUAUUUUUGUAAAGUAAAUGAGCAACUCGAGCAAGGACGAUGCCGCAGCCCAAGCCACAGCAACUGGCAUUGCCAAAGUAAAUUUACAGCAGGAUGGUGGUUCCUAUUUAAGAAGAAAUAAUGGUUCUAGCAAGGCCAAUUUUGAAAAAAGGGAAAAGAGAAGAAAAAUUAGAGAACUGCAGGCAUCUAUAGUCAAUAGAAAUGUUCCUGAUGUGAAAAUGAUUCUGAAUUCUGAUUUUGAUGUAGAUUUUCAGUAUAAUAGCCAAACCUCAUUACAAUUGGCUGUAUGUGAAGGAUCAUAUGAGAUUUGUGAAUUGCUAAUCAGUAAGAAAGCCAAUGUGAACCAAACUGAUGCUGAUGGAAACUCUUUGCUGAACAAGGCAUGCUGGAGAGGGUUCUCUGAAAUUGCUCAGCUGUUGAUUGCCAAUGGGGCUGAUGUGGACUCGCAGAAUGAAGCUGGUAAUUCUUCACUCAAUGUUUGUGCCCAUAAAGGAUAUUCUCAUAUAGCUGAGAUUCUUUGUGCAGCAAAAUGCAACAUGAAUCUGGCAAAUGCACGAGGACACACCCCUCUAUUCAGUGUGUCACAGUCUGGCAAUGUUGCCAUGGUGCGGCAGCUGCUCAAGGCAAUGGCAGACCCUGACUGGGGAGACUACAUCUUCAAGACACCGCUCAUGGUGGCCGCAGAAGAAGGUCACUUGGAGGUAGUUCAGGCGUUAUUGGAAGGAGGAGCAGACGUGAACAGACAGAGUCGCACAGGGCGAACAGCUGCUUAUGAGGCGGCUUGCCAUGGGUAUGGAGACAUUCUUCAGGUGUUGGUAAAAUACAAAGCAAAUUUGAAUCUAUGCACAACCAAGGGCAUUACCCCAUUGUUAGAGGCCAUCUCCAGCAACCACACAGAAGCUGCUAGAAUCAUCAUUCAGUCAGGCUGUAAUGUUAAUCAAGCUGAUCGCACUUGUUGGGCUCCAAUACAUGCAGUCAUUAGACAAGUAUCCAACAUGUUUGACCCAGGAGAUAACAUUGAGAUGCGAAAGCUUGUCGGCAUAUUAGUGGACGCUGGCGCUGACGUCAACAAAUUUGAUGAAGAGAACUGGACACCUCUGUAUCAAGCAGCAUCUGCUGGUGACUAUGACCUGUGUAAAUUUUUGUUGGAGAGGGGAGCUGCAGUAGAUAAAUACACUAAGAAAGGCAGCUCAGUUCUGCAUGCUGCUGUGUAUGGUGGGAAGCUGGAUAUUGUCAGACUUUGUCUGGAUGCUGGCUGCCAGGUAAAUGCAGUGGAUGAAGUAGGUCAGCAUGCUUUACUGGCAGCUGUUUCUUCCAGGUGUGACAUCAAGAUAAUUGAAGCACUUUUGGAUGCUGGCAGUGAUGUGAACAUUGCUCAUAACUUAACCAAACAAACAGCUUUACAUGAAGCUGUUUGCCAGCAAGUUGUGUCUGCUGCCCGUCUGCUCAUUGAUAAAGGUAGCAGUUUGAGUGCAGUCAACUGUGAGCAGAAGUCCCCCCUCUACCUGGCCUGCUGGCGUGGGCUGGUGGAGACGGUUGAGUACAUGCUGAGCAAAGGAUGCCAGACAUCCAGUCCUUCUAUCUCAGGGUUGCCCAUCCAUGCUGCAGCCACUCAGGGCAGAUCCAGCAUCAUUCAAAUUUUGUCUGACAACGGCUGCAAUCUGAACCAGAUGAAUGAGAAAGGAGAGACCCCUAUUAUUGCUGCUCUAGCAGAAGAUAACUUCUCAGCAGUAAGAGCUCUACUCCAGUGUGGUUGUGAUAUUGAGGCUCAUUUGAAGGUGAAGCCUCCUCAGAUUUGCUGUCUCCUACAUGAUGAUCCACAUCCACAUUUAGGUCUGGAUCCACUCUUCCUGGCCCUGACACACAAAAACAUGGAUAUGAUGAAAAUGUUGCUGCAGUGUUACAGUGUAAUCCCCCAUAGAACUAUUCAAGUUUUGGAGGUUUUGCUGAGACGGGCUCAAGGAAUCAACACCCACUACACACCCCAACAGAAAAAAGACAUAUUUGAUUUAUUUAGAGUGAACAAAUGCACACCUUUUAGUCUGAGUGACGCAUGCAGGCGGUGUAUUCGGGCGGCACUAGGAUCACCCAUGCAGCAGAAAGUGACGCACCUGCCAGUUGGGGAGAAGGUGAAGAAGUAUAUUUUAAUGGAGGCGGAGUUUGAAGUCUGGCAGGAAGUGGAGUUAGAUAUGCCAGGUGGGAAGACUGGGUUCUCUGACAUUUUCAUCCACCAUAAUCCAUAUUAAUAAUCCGCUCAGUUUUUGGGCCACACCAUUAUCAGUAUUGAUCUGCUUUGUUUUUAGAUUAUAACUUAGUGAAUAUUGAGCUGCUUAGUUUCAGGCUAUUAGAAUACAAUAAUAAAUAUUUAGAGGAAAAUUUAUAUUAUAAAUUUAUAACAGAUUUCCUUUAAAAAACACUUUUUUUUUGUUACAUUUUCUUGAAAUUUAAAAAAUUGUUUUUAAUUUUCAUAAUGUUAGGAAAACUUUUUAUAUAUAUUUAAAGUAUAUAUACGAAGUAAUUUUUUAUCUUAUUUUGCAAGACAUUGUGUUUUUAAAAAAUACCAGGUUUGAAAUUUUAAUCCAAUCAAAAGAAAUUUGUUUUUCUCAAUAUGUUACUUUUACAUUUCACAUAUCAAAAGAAAAUGUUCAAAAUUCAGAAGUACACUGAAUAGCGCCUCAUAAACUAGCAUCAAACAUACUUACACAUAGAAACAUGUCUAUUUAUUUAACAGCCAUUGUUAUUCAAAUUUGCUGCUUGUGACAGUUACCUUUAUACUGCUCAUUAAAAUAUUUUGCAUAAUUUUAAUUAUCAUCUGCUGUGUGUUAAAUAAAAAUAUAUUUAUUACGCAGUUAAUAAAAAGUGCAAUUUUUGUGCCUUGUAUUCACAUGUUCAUAUUUGAGUGAUGUUUUUUUUUAUUUAAACUAAUAUUAGCUGUAGAAAACUGUUUUAGAAGACCGAUCCUUAGUUUUUCACUCAAAAACAUGAACUUUUUUAUGAAGGAUAAAAUCAUAAUUUGUUUUUUAAACAUUUGAAAGAAAACUUACAAAGUCAAUUAAAAUGUGUAUGCUAGUUUAAUUUGUCAGUUGUUAAUAAUUCUACU